AUGCAGGAACAGUCAUGCCACACACACCCAGAGUUGUGUGAGGAGGGGCUGGAGGAGCUGCUGGUUAAAAGGCUCAGAGAGGAGGUUUCACCAGCAGGACUUCAUCUGAACUGGGUCAGGUUCCUGCUGGGACUGAGACAGACUCUGCACCGAACCRGUCCUGAACCAUUCAGCAGCGUGUGCAUCAAAACGCCACAGAACAAGAUGUUUCUGUCUCUGAUURUCCUUCAGCUGCUCCUGGCUCCAGUCUUCAUGGUGCCUGGUGUGGAUUACUGGGACUCCUGGGCUCCGUACGGUGAAUGCAGUCGCAGCUGUGGUACCGGUGUGACGGUGAGGAGCAGACGCUGCAUCACUCAGAGGACGGACGGAGGWCAUAACUGUGUCGGACCAGAAAAGUCCUACCGCUCCUGCAACAUCCAGGAUUGUCCUGAAGGAUCCAAGGAUUUCCGGGAGGAGCAGUGUUCCCUGUUUGACGGGACUGAUUUCCAGGGAAAACGUUACAAGUGGCUGCCUUAUUACGGAGCUGAUCAGUCAAGAAGCCAACAAGGGGGUGGAAUAUGAAUAUUACCUCCCCAAUGGACGGUCCAGGGAGGGCUACUACUGGAGCUUUGGAUCCUGGUCUGCCUGCAGCAAAGACUGUGGAUCAGGUCACCAGACUCGGCUGGUCUUCUGCACCAUCGACAACGAGUCGUAUCCAGACUACCUGUGUGCCUCUCUGCCAAGACCACCGUCAAACCGGACCUGCAACCCCCACCCCUGCCCACAGAUCCACAGCUGGAGAACAGGGGAGUGGAACCYCUGCUCAGUUACCUGUGGUGGAGGUUCUCAGAUGAGAACAGUGCAGUGUGUUUCCCAUGAUGCCUCUGGUCCCCGGGUGGUGGAGGAUGCAGUUUGUGCUGCCUCUACUGAAGCGCCUCCUUCUGUGCGGAGCUGCAACGUGCACAGAUGUGCAGAGUAUCGUGUGACUGGUUGGAGCGCAUGCUCGGUGACUUGUGGCUCAGGUGAACAGACUCGAGAGGUGACCUGUGUGGGAUCAGCCGGGUUGAAGCUGGAGGAAAUAUCCUGCAGGACUUUGCUUCGUCCUCCUGCAGUGCAGCCGUGUGAGACGUCUGCCUGUCCCCAACAGAUCCAGUGGCACGUGGRGGAGUGGGGGCUGUGCUCUCAGAGCUGUGGCUCUGGCUCACGGGAGCGCCAGGUGAUCUGCUCCGACCAGGAGAGGAACCUGUACCCUGUGGACCAGUGUACCCCCCACCCUAAACCCCCAACCAUGGAGCGCUGCAACGUCCAGUCCUGUUACCGCCCUCAGGCUGUCCCCAGCAUUCAGGACCCCCAAGGACACAACACCACUCAGACUGGCUUUGAGCCUUAUGUUCCAGCUCAGGAAACAGCCCGCAGGCMAAACACAAGAGAUCCCACCCUGACAGGACCAGUCCAGAACCCACAGAGCUCUGCUCCUGCCCUGCACUGCAGCCAGUCCAGCUAUGGCUGCUGCCCAGAUGGGCGCACCUCAGCUGGGGGGCCCCGAGGUCUGGGCUGCCCCCAGACUUCAGCUCCCACUCCUGCUCCAUUAUCGUGCACUCAGACGAGCUUUGGCUGCUGCAGAGAUGGUGUAACAGCUGCUCAGGGCCCCGACAAACAGGGCUGCAUGGAGUAUGUGGCCCCGCCCCCCACAGUCGCCCCUCUGCCUACUGAGAACGCCGUAGAGUGCCGCACCACCACGUACGGGUGCUGCUAUGACCGAACCACACCUGCAGGAGGAGCCAGUGGGGAAGACUGUCCCAACCCACCCAAUCACAUUGAGAAAUCGAUCUGCUCGCUGCCUCGUGCUGCUGGCUCCUGCACUAACUGGGUCUCGCGGUACCACUUUGACGUCAUCACCUCUAAGUGUGUCCACUUCUGGUAUGGAGGCUGCUAUGGCAACAGCAACAACUUCAUGACCAGAGCGGAGUGUCAAAGGGCGUGUCAGGUGCCCAGACGGCAGCUGGUCGAACCGGUCAGAGAGCCGGGCUCCACCAGAGAAACAUCUCCAGGAGCAGGAUCAUCAGUUCCUGCUACGGGCUCAACAAAUGGACGCUCACACAACAUGGGGAGGAUUUUCACGGUGCAAGGCGCCUCACAAAGCAGCUCCGGUAGACGGGCCACGAGCGCCGCUGCACACGCCCACAGAGGUCGACUGUUUCUGCGUGUUCGCCGGCCGUCAGUUCCCACAGCUGCUCAGCACAGCGAGCCGGCUGCAAGCUUGACCCUUGGAGGCGUCAGCAUUGAUAAAAGUGACCCGGACACAGUGGAGGCUUUAGUGGGUCAGAUGGUUGUGCUACCCUGCAGAGUCAGCCCUCCACCUUCAUCCAGCAUCACUGUAGAGUGGAGAAGAGAUGGUGUUCCUCUGCCCAGUCAAAGACAUCACCAACAGCCCAGUGGUUCCUUGUUAGUUGGUCCUGUCCUGACGUCAGACUCUGGCUGGUUCUUAUGUGUGGCCACUCGAGAAGGAGAAAGAGAUCACCGCUACGUUUACCUUUCUGUCUCAGAGCGAACUCCUCAGCUUGUUCCUACCUCACUGCCUAAAGAUGGAACAUUCCAGAGGUUCAGCAUUGAGCGCUCGAGCUCAUCGAUGAUAGAAAUGCGAACAGGACAAUCUGUGACACUGCCCUGCACCAUCGUUCCUCCUGCAGCUCUGCAGCAUGUCAGGAUCCAGUGGACUAAAAAUGGACAGAGCGUCAGUGACUCCAGACCUGAGGAUCACCAAAGCUCCUACUAAUAUCCGAGUGCCUGAAGGCAGCACGGCUCAUCUUCCCUGUGUGGUGUCAGGAGAAAAUGUCAGCAUAGGCUGGUCCAGGAAUGGUGUUCCAGUGCGUCCAGAUGGGCGCAACAUCCUGGUGUCUUCUGACGGCAGCCUGAUCCUAAACAACAUGAAGGUCUCAGAUGAGGGCGGCUAUACUUGUAACGCUUACACAGGCAUCUACUCAGUCAGUGCCACAGCUGAAGUUAGAGUUAUUAAAGAAACACAACAAGGUGCUGAUGUUCUGCCAGACUGUGUGGACCAGAACCAGCUGGCCAACUGCAGACUCAUAGUUUACGCCCGCCUUUGCAACAAUCAGUACUACUCCAGUUUCUGCUGUGCCAGCUGUUCCAGGCAUGCUCAGARCAACGGCAUGUCUGGUCAGCAUGURUUUUAAUUAUAACCUUCGCCAAAAGGACCAACCACUGAGCAGUUUGUUCAGAAACAUGGUUCAGCUGAGGAUUUCUACUGAAAGAUGUCAUUAAACGUGUGAAUGAGUUGUUCUUCAAUCAGCACUUUGUUCAGAUUUCCUGAACCACACAAAUCAUUUAACCUGUAAGAUCUGCUGAAUGUACUGAGAGACACUGUAAAUAAGUAAAUUAUUCACUGGAUCCACACGUUCUCUGUUUUCUAGAGAAAAAUUACAAAUUAUGUUUCUGGAAAUUCAACCUCCAUUUUACUGUUUUUAUUUUUGAACACCUUUUUUAUUGUCAUGUUUUAUUAGUUGUCAUAAAUGGAGUACAUAUUUAAGUGUUCGUAUUUCACCUAUUCUGUUUGAUUUAAAGUUUUUGAUAAUAAAAGUAUUUUGAUAAAAA